UUGAAGUUUUGCUGCGAAGACGAAGAUGAGGAGGAAAUUCUAAGUUGGGACAUGGUCGAUUUUAGUUUGAGCUCGCCUAAUUUUCUGUUCAAAUUCGUUGACACGAUGCAGAGUGAUUGGGGACUGGGACAUGCUGGUCGUCUGGGAUAUUUGGAUGCUAUAAGUGACUUGAUCGAUUUUCGAAAAAUUCACGGAWCGUGCUCGGACGUGGUGCUUAGAAACCUGACAUCCAGCGAAGUGUAUCUUAAGCGAGCCAGAAAAACUGUUGCAAAAAUGAUGAGGCUCAAUUGGAGCAGUGACCUCGACAUUGAAGCGUUGGAAGCUAAGGGACAUUGGGCUACAAUGGAUGAGCUCUUGGGCGUGGUGACCUACCACCUUCCCCGUUACGAGGCAGUGACGAAAGUGUGCCGGGAGUCCCCGAGUAAAGCCACGCCUUCCGACCUGACUUUCGCCACCAAGUUUGUAGCUGUGUACUUGUUCAUCAAGGUCAAGGGAUCACGGCCGAUGACGUAUCAGUACCUGACAGUGGACAUGGUCGACACAGCAAAGCGCAACGGAGGAUUUAUCGAUCAAAAACAAUUCAAGACGGCCGCACGAUAUGGAUUUGAUAGCCUUUACUUAUCUGACACYAGUGUUCAAGUGCUUGAUGCAUAUAUUAUCCACGUGCGACCACUUUUAAGGCCGACGUGUGACUAUGUCCUCGUGACGAAAAAUGGCUGGCAACACAGUAAGAUCGGCGAACUCAUGGGCAAGAUGGUGUUUGAUGCUACGGGCAAAUAUAUACACCCGACACGCUACCGACAGAUUGUSGAAACCGCCAGUCACCAACAAUUGAACAGCGAAGAACAAGAAACGAUUUCCGAAGAUCAAAAACACAGCUCGGUGGUGGCUAAAGUUCAUUAUCAGAAGCGACGAUCUCGCGAUGUAGCGACAAAGGCUCACGAAUGCAUGAAAAAGUURMAUGGAAAAAAAGGAUGGCAGUUGGACAACGACGUCAAUGUUCGACUCUCGGAUAGCCCUAUUACAUCUCCAACUGACAAAAUGCAGCUGGACAAUGGUGAAAAUGCGCCGGAAGUUGGCACGAAAGAACAAACUCAAAUUGAAGGCCAACAAAAAAGAAGCAUGUUAUUGUUUAACUCUGAUGAAGACAARCACUUAAGAGAUGGAAUUAAACGCUAUGGACACGGACAAUGGGUUGCCAUUCUCAGGGAUCCCRAAUAUAAAUUUCAGAAGGGCAGGACUGCCAAUUCAUUACUAAAUAGGGCUAUGAGAAAAUAUCCGCGAAAAUAG